CGCAAUCGUCAAGUCGUCCAGGCCUUUACCUUUUGAUCCUCCCACCUCUCACUCACAUCAACCAUCUCAAGCACCAUGGCUGAACAACUCAUUCAACGUGGUACCCUUGAGGGUCACAGCGGCUGGGUCACCAGUCUCGCUACCAGCCUGGAAAACCCCAACAUGCUCCUUUCUGGCUCCAGAGAUAAAUCUCUUAUCAUCUGGAACUUGACCCGCGACGAGUCUGCCUACGGUUAUCCCAAGCGAUCCCUCCACGGUCACUCACACAUUGUCUCCGACUGUGUCAUCUCCUCCGACGGUGCCUAUGCUCUGUCUUCAUCCUGGGAUAAGACUCUGAGACUGUGGGAGCUUUCCACUGGCAAUACCACACGAACCUUCGUUGGACACAACAACGACGUCCUCUCCGUCUCUUUCUCUGCCGAUAACAGACAAAUCGUUUCAGGAUCUCGAGAUCGAACCAUCAAGCUGUGGAACACUCUGGGAGACUGCAAAUUCACCAUCACCGACAAGGGACACACCGACUGGGUUUCUUGCGUCCGAUUCUCCCCUAACCCUCAAAACCCCGUCAUCGUUUCUGCUGGUUGGGACAAGUUGGUCAAGGUCUGGGAACUCGCCUCUUGCCGCAUCCAAACCGACCACAUCGGACACACCGGCUACAUCAACACUGUCACCAUCUCUCCUGAUGGUUCCCUGUGCGCCUCAGGCGGUAAGGACGGUACCACCAUGCUGUGGGACUUGAACGAGUCCAAGCACCUCUACUCUCUCCAGGCUGGAGAUGAGAUCCACGCCCUUGUCUUCUCCCCCAACCGAUACUGGCUUUGCGCUGCUACUUCUUCCUCCAUCACCAUUUUCGAUUUGGAGAAGAAGAGCAAGGUUGAUGAGCUCAAGCCCGAAUACGUCGAGAAGGGCAAGAAGUCCCAGGAACCCUAUGCCGUCAGCUUGGCAUGGAGUGCCGAUGGCCAAACUCUGUUCUCUGGUUACACUGACAACAAGAUUCGUGCUUGGGGUGUCAUGUCUCGUGCAUAGAUUUAGUCCGUUGUAUUGAGUGGUGGGGCAGGGGCAAUGUCGACUCGGAUCAAAGUGGGGAUGCGAGAGCUUGAGUCAAGCUUGCUCGUCAACAGAGAGAUGAGAGCCAUGGAAUGCUACCCUGGUCAACUGAAAGGCGAGGAGCUGGCGUAUUCCAAAUGGGUAUCUACUUUGUGUCCCGGGCGUGAACAGUGGCACGAAGAAAUGACCCAUAUUAUUCACUCAAAAAUACAAAACAAGGUUUCAAAAAUG